UCAUCACCGCCCGCGAGACUGGAGCCCAUCUAUUCAUCCGUCCCAUCCAUCCUCACCUCUGGGAAAACAACCCGGCUUCAUAGACACUACCUAAUAAUACAACUUUCUCUCUACCUCUCUCCCCAGGUCCCCCCUCACCACGCUUGAUGUACUCCCGCACGACCCUCCCCUUGUUGAGCAGAAGUUGCCGCUACCUUCUCCGCACGCCCUCCGGCCUUCCGAAUUCGACUUUUUCCUUCUCCGCUCGCUCCUUCACGGCCGUGAACGCAGCCAUGGCCGAUAUGAGUUCCGGCGUCACCGCAGAUCUGCUGAAGAGCAAGCUAUUCGACCAACUCCAGGCGCAACAUGUUGAGAUUGAGGAUUUGUCGGGCGGUUGUGGAUCGGCUUUCCAGGCCGUGAUUGUAUCGCCCCAGUUCGAGAAGAAGAACAUGCUGGCUCGGCACCGGCUGGUGAACUCGGUCCUCAAGGCCGAGAUCGCCGCCAUUCAUGCUUGGACGCCCAAGUGCUACACCCCCGAGCAGUGGCAGGCGCUGCACCAGGGUUGAGGGGGUUUGUUCCUGAUGGGGUGCUAUGCGUGGGAAAGCCGACUACGGACUAUCAUCGGCGAAAAUGGAAAUAUAUUCUGGGUUAUUGAUUUGCUCGUCACAAGGGUAUGCUUGUCCAAGAGCCAACAGCAUAAUCCGAGGCGUUCAAGAGGGUUGUUCCAUGUGCAAGGCUUUGCACUGCCAGUCCAUGUCUAAAGUAAUGCUAUGGUUGCGAAG